AUGAAGGCACAGAACCAAACAACGGAGUUCAUCCUGCUGGGCAUCUCUGACAGGCCAGAGCUGCGGAUGCCCCUCUUUGUCUUCUUCCUGGCCAUGUACCUUCUGACCGUAACAGGGAACAUUCUCACUGUGGCCGCAAUCCAGUCGGAUGACCGCCUCAUUCAUACCCCCAUGUACUUCUUCCUCAGCUGCCUCUCUUCGGUGGAUGUGUGCUUUACCUCGGUCAUCAUUCCCACCAUGCUACUGAGCUUACUUGGUGGACAUGGCCAAGGAGGCACCAUUUCUUACGCCGGUUGUCUUACCCAGAUGUACUUCUUUUUGGCCUUGGGGAACACUGAUAGCUACCUGUUGGCAGCCAUGGCCAUUGACCGCUAUGUGGCCAUCUGCAACCCUCUCCAUUAUGCCACAGUCAUGAGCCACCGAUUGUGUCUGUUGCUGUUGGUUGGGUCUUGCUUGGUGUCGCAUCUCCACUCCCUCCUACAGACAGUCCUUGUCUCCUAUCUCACCUUCUGUGCUUCCAACAGGAUCCCCCAUUUCUUCUGUGACAUCCAGCCCUUACUGAAGCUCUCCUGCUCAGACACCAGUGUCAACGAACUGGUGGGAAUGACUGAAGCUUUUGCUAUCAUCAUGACUCCAUUCUUGACUAUCAUGAUCUCUUAUAUCCGCAUCCUGAUGUCUGUGUUGAGGGUACCUUCAGUCUCAGGAAAGCUCAAGGCAUUCUCUACCUGUGGAUCUCACCUGACUGUGGUGACCCUCUUCUAUGGGAGCAUUGUCUGGGUGUAUUUCCGGCCUUUGUCCGGUUACACAGCUGUUAAGGACAGGGUGGCUGCCAUCAUGUACACGGUUAUCACCCCCAUGUUGAACCCUUUCAUCUAUAGCCUGAGAAACAGAGACAUGCAGAGCGCCCUUAAGAAAGUGGUAGGGCGAAGGAGAAAUUAG